AUUUACGCCUCGUUCCGUGAUGUGACGUUGUACAGGAACAUGGCGCUUUGGAGGGGAGCAGUUUCAUGAUAGUCAGGGCAAUUGAUUAAUUUCCUUUAGCUAUGUUCUUUUAAAUAACACUAAGGUACAUACACCAAAUAUGAUAGGUCGUGAAAGGUAAUCGCUCCUUUUGUCUCUAUGGACAACGGAACACUACAUUUCGUAGCGGUGUUUGCUGUCGUCAGCUGAAACUGUUAGCAUUGACAUGCUAGCUUAAGCUAGUUAGCUGGCUCACAGUAAGUAGCUACCGUUAAACAGACAGAAAAUAUGCUUGUGUAUGUAGCCUACACUGGCGUUAAAUUGAUUAUCAAUGAUUAGAACACGUUAUUUAGCAUCACAUAAGCCAUUUAUUGUUUAGGACGACGAUUCCAAUUAGCUAACAUUUUGUUAGCUAAGCUAGGAGGAUGAAGAGCCGCCAUGGAUAUGUUUUGUUGCUGGCCAGUGGGAUUUUCCUGUCGGUGUGUUGGCUGUCUGAAGGUGCCCCGCUUCAGUAUCCUCACAAAUCAGGGGGAAGCACAGGGGACACGUUUUCUGUGUCUCUCUACCUGUCCCUGGUGGUGUCGCUCACGGCGCUUAUGGCCUUGGUGGUGUUGCUAGUGAAUUGUGUGACCUGCUGCAAGGAAAGGGAGAUCAACUUCAAGGAGUUUGAGGACCACUUUGACGAUGAGAUCGACUUCACUCCACCAGCAGAGGACACACCUUCUAUGCAGUCCCCCGCCGAGGUGUACACCCUCGCUGUGUCCCCUGUGGCCCUGCCUGGACCCCCACACCUCCAACCUCCUGUCCACAUCACAGAGGGAUCUACAGGCGUCCAGGUAGCACGUCACAGUCUGAGUUACAUCCAAGAGAUCGGCAAUGGCUGGUUUGGCCAGGUCCUUCUGAGUGAAAUCUACACAGAUCCAGGUGGAGCCAGAGUGGUGGUGAAGGAGUUAAAAGCUAAUGCAAGUGCCAAGGAGCAGAAUGAUUUCCUGCAGCAGGGGGAUCCAUACAGAGUGCUACAGCACCCAAACAUCCUCCAGUGCCAGGGACAGUGCGUCGAGGCCAUUCCCUUCUUGCUUGUCUUCGAGUACUGUGAAAUGGGGGAUUUGCGGGGCUUUCUGUCUCAGCAGGAUUGGAUGUUCAGAAAUGCUGAGUUGCUGCAGCUACAGAGGAUGGCCUGUGAGAUCGCUGCUGGUGUCACUCACCUUCACAAACACAACUUCCUGCACAGUGAUUUGGCUCUGAGGAACUGCUACCUGACGGGAGAUCUUACAGUCAAAGUGGGAGACUAUGGAAUUGGACCCUACAGAUACAAGGAGGAUUACAUCAUCACAGAAGAUGAUGUGUUUGCACCCCUUCGCUGGUUGGCUCCUGAGCUGGUGGGCGAGCGCCAUGGGGGUGUGAUUACUAUGGAGCAGACUAAGCACAGCAAUGUUUGGGCCUUGGGGGUCACAUUGUGGGAGCUUUUUGAGAAUGCUGCUCAGCCGUACCCGCAUCUGUCUGACCGGGAGGUUCUCCGUCAUGUGAUCAAGGAGCAACAAGUCAAACUCUUUAAGCCACAGCUGGAGCUUCCUUAUUCCGACAGAUGGCACGAGGUCCUGCAGUUCUGCUGGCUAUCUCCAGACAAGCGGGCCACGGCAGAGGAAGUGCACCGUUUGCUUAUCUACCUGCGCAUGCAAGGCCAGAAGGACAUAGAAGAAGACUUUGACCAACGCUGGGAUGCUCUCAAGCCUAACCCUACCGCACGGCAGACCACCGUUAGCCACUCCUCUUUCCCAAUCCUGGAACAGUUUGCUGAUGAUGCCCUGCGACAAGAGAUCGACGAAGUUCUUACCGUCACUGAAACGAGCAAAGGUCUCAGCUUUGAGUAUGUUUGGGAGGCAGCCAAGCACGACCACUAUGAAGGCAACCAUGGGCGUUCAGGCUUGGACACAACAUUGAACUAUCACAGCAUGUUCUUUCCUGUUUCCACUGAAGACAUCCAGGCCCAUUUCCCCGAUCCUGCUGCCAGAGCAGCGGGCACAGAAAGUGGUAACACUCCUUCAGGAAUUCCUUGCAUUGUACCAGUGUUUGACGCACAAAAGCCAACUAAUGGAAAUGAAUAUUACAUACAACUAGAAGAACAAGGAGAAGUUGAAGAAGAUGAAAAUAGAGGGCAAGACAUGGACUUCAGUUCAGGCCGUCAAGACUUUGUUGUUCUUCAAGAUGUCCGUCUAGAUGAGUCUAGUACCGAUGCUGAUUUCUUCCACCAAAGUAUUGACUCCAAGGAUUCCUAUUUACCAGACAGCCACAUCUGGUCGUCUCUUGAAAAUGAUAGUCCAUACCACACCAACAUUUUCACAGACGGGGGGUCCAAGCAUGAGGACUCUCCUUCCUGGAGACGGGGUUUUAUGGAGCUUCCAGAGCGCAAUGGCAACCCUUUCCAUAACAUUGCCCCUUUAGAAGUCCAGGAGGUGGAUACAGAUAAAAGCUAUGGGGAUUCUUUUUUUGGUGAUUGUUCAGAAGCCCCUCAUCCGACGGAUUCUGUGGAAGUGGAGGAGGAGAACAUAGAUGUAAAGGGGCUUCUCCACAAUGAAAAACUAGCCGACAACUUUAUGUUUCUCAAAGACCAGCACCUGAUGAAAGACAGAAGUUUCUCAAGUCCACAGGAUAAUUAUCUUCUACCUGGUCUAGCCCACGAACCAGAAGAAAGAUUCAAAAUGAGUUCUUGGGACAAUCUUGAGAAUUUAGGCAGCUUAAUCACAGCAGACACUUAUUUAAAACCUGCAGCAAGUAGCACAUCCUCAAGACAGGAAUUUUUAGACUCUCCGAGUACCAGCCUGGGGGAGUUAUGUCCCUCUCAGGUAGAAAAUGAAACAUUGGUGCCUUUCAUUACAGUGGUCACAGAAGAUAACACGAGCAACCAGCUGCCAGUUAGAAAUUGUUCUUCCACCGAAGACCUUGGUCCACUGCAAUCCUCAGACAGAGGUAUAGACUCUGGUUUUGAUUCUACCUCAGAGAGGUUUGAGGGGAUCAUCAGUUUAACUGAUGAACACACCCCUGCAUUUUCUGAAAGUGCCACUACAGACUCAUUGUGCACAGAUGCCAAAAUUCCCAGCCUUGAAGGCGACCCUGGUACCUCAAAGGAUAAUGUUCAGCCCAUAGGAAGUGAAAUACCUGAAAACUCAGACAACAGACACAAUGAAGACCUCACAAGUAACGAUCUGUUGAGUGAACUAAUUGAGGAUGCAGAUAUAGAGCUGGAAACCACUCUGUCUGACCAUGAAGAGUCCUUUAUGGAUGCUAAUGGGCACCCUAUCGUCAGAUCGUCCCUCUUGGUCUCUGGGCCUUCUUUGGACCAGAUCAGCCAGGACAGUUUAUUGGAAGACAGCAUGUCCACCACUCUGCCAACUGUGGAUAAUUCAGCCGAGACACCAGACUCUUUAGACUCUCUUGACAUCCACAGGCUCUGUGAGCAAGGAGAAGAGCUAAGUGCUCAAAUAGCCCAACACAAACUCCAGCCUCCUUACAAAAUAUCCGACAGUGGGUAUGAGACGGAGAACCUGGAGUCUCCUGAGUGGAACUCUCAGCCUAAUGCUAUAGACCAAUCCCCUGUAAAAAAUGGCAUGAGUGUUGCCGAAGAAGAGGAGGAGACGGAGGAGCUCGCAGCUGCAACAAAUCUGCUUCCACCAGAAAUCAUCAUUUCUGAUGUAGAGGGUGUGCUGGAUGCUCACAGUGAGGAUCCCAGCGAGGGCCAGCAACCAGAUCACGUAGCUCCUCCUGAGGAGCCAGUCAUGGGCAGUAAUUACAGAGACUCGGCCUACUUCUCAGACAAUGAAUCAGAACCUGAGAAAAAGUCUGAAGAAUCGGUAGCGGGAGGUUCUGGUGAAGUCACGUGGUUGAGGAACUCUACUGUAGCGUUCAGCGGGGCUGCUGGAGGUCCAGCGCUCGAGGUCAACGCGGAGAGAGAUGUGGAUUCUUUAUUUUCUCAGCAAGAAUCUUCUGAAGCACAGGCCAAUGGAGAAUCAUCCGCUCCUCGUGUUGGGGACAUAUUACCCGCAGAUUCAGAUAUCGCAGAGAAAUUGGGGAAGGCAACAGAGGCGACAAACAGUCAUAAUGAAGAUGGAAACAAACCAGAGUUCUUCAAAGACGCCACAUCUCCUGAGCAACCACCAGAAGAUGUAGAAACUUUAACUCCUCUUCCUCCUGUUGCCCCAUCAAAGCCAGUACAGGAGAGCUCAGGUCACGCUAAACUAACCAGGACCUACGCGAGUGAUAGUCAUAAAAUAAGAGAGCCGGACAUGGAGGGGCGUUACCUGGGGAGGCGGGAUGGCUCUGGUUCAGAUGCACAGGAGGACGGCAUGGAUGCGGACGAGGAGGACGAGAACAGCGACGACUCUGAUGAUGACAUCCGUGGAUACCAGCUACACAGCUCCAGUUCAGAAAGCGAGGAUGAUGCCGUGCAUCAGGUGCCAGUUAUUGUCUCAGAUGACCGCAGUGCAAGGAACCUGAAGAGCUUGUUGAAGCCCACCACGCUGAACAUCGAGGCGUCCUCUUCCCCGUUUUCUGCGAGGGACAAUGCGGUUAACUCCAGAAGAGCGGUGUCGUUCUUCGAUGAUGUCACUGUCUACCUGUUUGACCAGGAGACCCCCACCAAGGAAUUGGGUGACCACUCCUCACACAAUCAGGCCCCAGAGUUCAGCAGCCCACUGCCCACUGCCAGCUACCUGAAUCGGUUCGCCAACUCUGAGAGCUCCACCGAUGAAGAAGGCGGUGGAUUUGAGUGGGAUGAUGACUUCUCCCUCGCACCUGCCUUCCUGCCCAAGACGGACAAAGACUCCGUAUCAAAGACAAUGUCCUCCUCUGCAGCAUCUCGCUUUUCCUCUCCGCCCCCUGCAACAGGGCGCGUACUGGAGUCCAGCUGGAACAGCUCCUCAAACUACUCCCGUUUCUCCAUCUCACCGGCCAGCAUCGCUAGCUUCUCCCUUACACAUCUCACCGACUCUGACAUCGAACAAGAAGGAAGCAGUGAAGAUGGAGAAAAGGACUAGUGUGAUAUAUUAUCAUCACACUAUUGAAAAAUGAACCUAUACUCGCACUUUUUGGAAAUGGAGAACGGCUGAAUAAAGACAAAUGACGCGGUUUGUGGGUCAAACCGUGGAUGCUUCUCUCAGGCAGAACUGUUCUUUACAUACAUGGAGAUGGCCAUGAGAACAACCACUUUCAGCAAAUAAGACGGGCGAGGCCCAUCUCCGGUCUGAGCCACAUCACCUCUCCAGCUACAUCAGUGUGUGUGAUUUCAGUUCAGUGCAAUUCUACUUAAAAAAAAAAAAAAAAAAAAAGUUUCUAAAUGUUUGCUUUAAAAACUCAUCAAGCGCAUUCCAGGUGUUUGGCUGCUUCUUUUUAUUGUGUGUCGAAGUGCACUCAUUUUCCAGGAUUUUUGCAUCACCAAAAAAAAAAUAACUUUAUGCUCUGAAUUCAGCACACUGGGCUGGGUAACGUAUCACUACAGCCAAAUAGGAAUAAGCUAUUUGAUUUCAGCAGACCUAGAACUGAAGAUUCAAGCUUUUUCUCAAACUUUUGUUCAUUUUGCUCCUUCAUGUUGUGCGAUUAUUUCAGUGGUUGCCUCUUUUGGAAGAGUGCUUUUGUUUUUUCGUAACCUCUUGUUGGGUGUUAUUAGUCACAUUCUUCUAAUCGGAGAAAAUCUAUGUGUGGUAUCCUUCUGUAGCAGCAUUUGAAUAUAAAGGGUUGACAUGUAGUCUUUACUAAACAUCCUUCAUCUACAGAGGUGACACACUGUGUGUUCCUUUAUUGGUGUUUGAAAGGAACAUUCACAGCAAGUAGUUUCAUAUUUUUGAGACGUCUCAGUAAGAAUUGUUGGUGGUAUUAGACAAGGAUUGUCAUAUUCAUCCUUACAGAGUUGAUCCAAGUGAAAGACGGUUGUGAGGAAAAAAAACUUAAAGACAAGUUGUACAUUUUGUAAUGCUUAAUUUUAUGCUCUGAAAUGUGCAGGAAGUUGCUCGGAUGGUUUUGACUACUUGUCACUGGGUCUUCUCGCAGUGCCUGUGAUGCUGUAAAGACAGCUGCACUCCUCCAUUUAAUAUCACGACAUUUCCAAAUCGCACGUUUAGUGAGAUUGUGUAAAAAGUGGGAGAUUUUAUUUUUAAAUGUCAGAAUGAAGAAAUGUUAAUGAGCUGUUUGUAAACAAAUGUGCAAUGAAUUUCAUUAAUUAGUUGAAUUAUGAGUUGAUGGGACGACCCGGCGUUUCUUCAGUAAUGUGCAGGGAUUUAAGCUUCACAAAAACUCACGACUAGAACAAAACACUACGGCAUUUAUCAGUGUCAUGAACAGUAAUCUGCCUUUUUUUUUUUUUUUUUUACACUUUGUGUCAAACUCAAUUAACCUGUUCGGAUGUCAUUUUCUCUCUUAAGGACCCCUCGUCCAGUUGAAUUCUUGAGCAUUUUCGUCAUUGUAUCUUAUCAUUUGCAGGCCAUACGUCGUCUCUGUGGCUGUACAGGGCUGUCUGGGGAUGUGUGUGUGUAUAAUGAUCAGUUUCUGUAUAGAAGCAUAAUGCAAACCGUUCUGGAUCAACAUAUGCUUUCCCUCCAGGGUUCUUUCGUGUACAGCUUAAAAAAAAACAACAAGUUCUUCGAAACUGUAGGUUACACAGUUACUGUAUGGUUCUUCAAACACCUUAAACAUUUUGUC